ACAGCUACUCAAAGGUAAGCUCCAUUAAGUUCAACAGCAUUUGCUCCCAUAUAAAUGUAUAUAAGGUUGCACUUGAGUAGAAGAGGGAAUUUAAGGCUGAUUUUUUUUUCACUCCUAAAGGACCUCCAAAGUGUCUUCUCUAGAGAUGCAAAGGUACACAAGUCUGUGCACAUCCAUAUCUGGUCACUCUACACAAGAAUGUAAAAUUCAUAACAGAAACCUGCUCUGUUUUAAGGCUCAGAAUGUCGAACUUUGAACAAUUUGAUAUAGACUUUUACCGGUCAAACUAUACCACCAAUAACCAGCAACAAGGUUAUGAUGAGUGUGGAGUCACUGGGAAUGUUCGUGAAAGCAAAAAAGGUUGGAUGGGUUCCUUGCCACAGUCAAAUACCUUUGCUCCUGCAGAAAUGCUUUCAUCUUCUCACCCAUAUCCUGGCCAGAUCUUUCAACCAGCAUAUGCUUCCGAGUUUCCAUCUAAUAGUGUUUACUGUGACAGCUUUGAUGAAGAACCUCCUUUGCUAGAAGAACUGGGAAUCAAUUUCGAUCACAUCUGGCAGAAAACGUUAACGGUCCUCAACCCAAUGAAGCCAGCAGAUGGCAGCAUUAUGAACGAGACGGACCUGACAGGGCCGAUGGUUUUCUGCUUGGCUCUUGGAGGAACACUGCUACUGGCAGGGAAAGUUCAUUUUGGCUAUAUUUAUGGCAUGAGUGCUAUUGGAUGCAUAGCAAUCCAUGCGUUGCUGAACCUGAUGAGCAUAGCCAGUGUUUCCUAUGGAUGUGUAGCGAGUGUGCUAGGUUACUGCCUCCUGCCUAUGGUGAUUCUCUCCACAUGUGCAGCAUUCUUCUCCCUACAGGGACUUCUGGGAACUCUGCUAGCCCUGAUCAUUACUGGAUGGUGCAGCCUGUCGGCCUCCAAAAUAUUCACAUCAGCGUUGGCUAUGGAAGGCCAGCAACUUCUGGUUGCCUAUCCUUGCGUUUUACUCUAUGGCCUUUUUGCACUUAUGACUGUUUUCUGAGCUUCAUUUUCUUUGAGCCAUCCUGUUACCUCCCUGAGAGCAAUACUAGGUCCUGAAAAGAUCUGGGCCUCAGGCCCACAGGACAAAGAAACCCCAAAAGACCAAAAAAAAAAAACCCCAAAAACAAAAAACACAGAAAUUUGAAUAUACUCAUUUACAUAUGCUCUAAAGGCUCUCUCUAUAUGUGUCUAAAGAGAACCUUCUCAUCUAAGAAAAACCUCUAUCUAUAAGAAGAGAUAGAUAGAAGACUGGAGAGAAGAUAUUUCAGAAAAAAACUGGAGAAACAGCAAGGGAUCCAAUGCAGCAGAAAUAAUCCAGGUCCCUAGUAAUACCAAGUGCCUACAGACAGCAGAGUGGUUGGGCAGAUGGCCUCCCCGGGAUUCAGGACUCCAAAUGAAAACUUGGGGACUCCAGCCCAAGUGGGCAGUCCUCUAACAUUGCCUCUGUUCUCUCCAAUGUAUAUGUCUAACUGCAAAAUUACAGCCAUCUCCAGACAAUCUUUGAGAGCCCUUUAAAGAUGUUUGCAAAGCUUCGGAUUGCCUGGCUAGGAAUACAAAUGAUAUGUUAGCCCCUCACUUUCAACGAUGCACUGAUUGACAUGAAAUGCACGAUCAGGCACCCAGCCAAGAAAACGUUUGUUAUCAAAAGUUUCUGUGUGUUUGAACACAGACCCUAUUGAUUGUCUUCCUGCAAA